GAACAACCUCGACAAUUACAUCGUUUUGUUUAAUUUUGUUUAGUUUUGAUUGCUUAUAGAAUCAUCAAGACAAGACUUGCAUUUAUUAGACUUUUACACGGUUCAACGGCAACUGCUCGUCAGCAACCAUCAGCAUCGACAACCCCUUGCGUACAAAAAGACAUAGAACUUGUAUAUACAAAGUCGUCAACCGUCUUAUACAUCAACACCAAACCACCAACCAUCACCAUGGCCACCCUCAGUCCCGCCCAAAUCGACAUCAUCAAAUCCACCGUCCCCAUCCUCCGCGAGCACGGCCCCCUCGUCGCCACCACCUUCUACGCAAACAUGCUCGCCGCCCACCCCGAGCUGCAAAACUACUUCUCCCUGCGCAACCAGCAGACGGGCGCCCAGCAAAUCGCCCUCUCCAACGCCGUGCUCGCCGCCGCCAUCCACAUCGAGCGCCUGCAGGACAUUGCCGGCGCCGUCGACCGCAUCGCCCAGAAGCACGUCUCGCUCUUCAUCCUGCCGGAGCACUACCCCAUCGUCGGCAAGUACCUCAUCGGCGCGUUCCAGCAGAUCCUGGGCGACGCCUUUACGCCCGAGAUCAAGGACGCCUGGGUCAUUGCCUAUGGCCUGCUGGCCGACAUCUUCAUCAAGCGCGAGGUCGAGCUGUACGCCGAGGCGGGCUGGCAGGGCUGGCGCGACUUCACCAUUGAGGACAAGGUCGACGAGGCCGAAAACGUCACCAGCUUCUACCUCAAGCCCGUCGACGGCAAGCCGCUGCCCGAGUUCCUGCCCGGCCAGUACGUCAGCCUGCAGAUCCCCAUCCCGGAGCUCAACGGCGUGUUCCAGAGCCGCCAGUUCAGCCUGAGCCUGUCGCCGCGCCAGAGCGCCGACCACUACCGCAUCACCGUCAAGCUGGACAAGGACGGCCUGGAGCACACCGUCGAGGAGGUUGUCAGCGGCAAGGUCGCCGGCCUGGUCUCGCAGCGCCUGCACGAGCAGUACAAGGUCGGCGACGUCGUGCAGCUCAGCCCUCCCCACGGCGAGUUCACCUUUAGCGCCGCCGCAACGCCUGCAACCGCUCCCAUCGUCUUGCUCUCCGCCGGCGUCGGUGUUACUCCUCUGCUCUCCAUCCUCGACACCAUCCUGGAGAGCUCCUCUCAGGCCUCUCGCCCCGUGACGUGGAUCCACGGAGCGCGACACUCUGGCGCCGUGACAUACGGCAAGUAUAUCCGCGAGGCCGAGAAGAAGCACAGCAACCUGUCCACCAAGAUCUUCCUCAAGAACGUCCAAAAGGGCGACAGCAAGGGCCAGCAGUACGACUACGAGGGCCGCAUGGAUCUCGACGCCCUGGAAGCCGACGGUGUGCUGCCCCUGAAGGAUGCCUCUGCCGAGUACUACAUCUGCGGACCGGAGGAGUGGAUGAUCCAGACCCGGGCUGGCCUGGAGAAGAAGGGCGUCAGCUUGGAGAGGCAGCACCUUGAGCUGUUCCGCACUGGAACUCUUUGAUUGGGAUGAAGAUGAAGGAGAAUUGAUUUGGAAGCAUACAAGGAUGGGUAAUAAGAACGAUUCAUAGAUGAAGAUUUAGAUGGGCAUGUACACCUCUCCUCUCGUUGAGAAUUUAUAGCAAAGCGUUGGAUUUUUAUUAACAACACCUAAAGUAAAGAACAGGGCUAGGAAUGCAAAAUAUUGUAAUAACUCACUUUUCUCCUAAUAGUGCCUUUAUAGUUGAUGAACAAUGGCGAGACUUGUA